UCGUUGUCAUUUUUAUUGUAAGUAGAAAAAUAUCUAAACCUAACAAAAGAUUUUCUUUAAUUACUACCAAUAAAUUAAUAUCUAGUUUUUGAAUGUAAUAAUAUUUUACAGUACAUUGGUACUGCUUAUGUAUCUAGUUCCUUUAUAUUUAACGUAGAAGAUGUUGCAAAUUUUCGCUUAUUUGAAAGAUUUUUUCGAGACAGCUGUUUACUUGUAAAGAUUGCCACAACAAACAUUAUGUCGUGCUAAAGUGCAACAGUGUAACCCCUUGGGGGUUACUCCAGAGCUUGGCUCUUCAGUACCUGUAAAGUUGCUCACUAUUUACAUCAACAGAUAGUGUAAAAUUGCAUAUCUAUAAAAGAUUAUUUAUAAAGUUUUUAUUUGUUUUAAUUGAAAGUUAUAGUAUUACUAAAAAUAUGAGUAGGAAUAAAGCAGAGGUGGACUGUACAAGACGGUGUAGGUCCCGAAACCAUGGACAAGCACUCACCAGUGCCAUCACUAAGAGAUCCAGCUCGGAUAAAUCUUUGGCUUGUUUCAUCAAAGCAACAUGUGCUAAUUUCAUAAAAUCCUUUGACUUUGAGGGGCGCACUGCCCUGCACAUGGCUGCUUCUCGCGGUAGAACUCAUCUGAUGGACUGGCUGAUACGCCAUUCUUCAGAAGCCUUUGUGAACGCUCGUGACCGUGAAUCAGGUUACACUCCUUUACACAGGAGUAUAUUUUAUGGUCAAAUACAUUCUGCUGUCUCUCUCAUGAAAAAAGGUGUGAAUCUAGACAUUGUGGAUAAAGAUGAUUACAAAGCGCUAGAGCAUGCUAUGUUGGAUCGACAAUAUAUGUACAAACAUCAGGGCACACAACCUAGCGAGGUGUAUGUUUGGGGGAGCAACUCCAAUUAUACGCUGGGAACAAGCACGCAGCAGCAAAGAAACACUCCUGAACUCUUGGGGUGUUUCAACAGGAAUAACACUUCUGUUAAACAGGUAUGCCUGGGCAAGUUCCACAGCGUGUGGGUGUGCGAAGGUGCCAGCGGGCCCGAGGUGUGGACUUGCGGCCAGGUGGCCCGCGCUGGCGGCCCGCAUUCCACUGCGCUUCGGCCCGUACAACUCCACCUGCCUGAUGCCUGCAACCAGGCCGCGGUUAUGCUCAAUUCCACUGUGUUCCUGCUUGAGAAUGGCUCUAUUGUGCAAUAUACACUCAAUAACACUGACAAUAUUAGUCAAUCCGGCACAAAGACACCAACAUCCAUCAAGCUGCCCAACGUGAAGCCUCUAAUGAAACUAUCCCGGCCGCGCGGCGUGUGCGCAUCUCGCUGGCAUGCCGUAUUCUGGAAUGAGCAUGCUGUGUAUACGUGGGGUACCAAUGUGGGACAACUGGGACAUUCUCAUGAGGACAAAGUCGUGCCGACGCCGAAAAAGGUUGCGAUAUCCUUGAACAACAAGGACGAGGCGGGCAUAGAGCUGGCGGGCGCGGCGGACGCGGCCACCGUGAUCACCACCAGCCGCGGCGACGUCUACCUGCUCCAUAAGAAUAUAUGCAAGAAGAUAGCUAUCAAGCAAAUUAAUCUUCGCCAAGUAUGCGUGGAGGCGAAGGUAAGCGAACAGGGUGUUUACUCUCGGGUGACCGUGCUGCUACUCACCAAUGUGGGCCAGCUGCUCAUCUGGCAGGACACCACCAACAAACUCACCAGAUGCGUAUUCGGAUUAAGCCACCAGAUUGUUAUAACUCAAAUGACUCUCACACAUGACGCCCUUUAUUUCACAACGAAGUACGGCGAAGCGUUUAUCGGGAAUAUAUCGCGGAAAGCCCCGCACCUAACUUCGACGCAGCCUAUCACAAAAGAGAGAGAGAAGGACAACAACAAAUCAGCGCUAGUAAAGUUUCUAGAGAAGGACGACUGUACUAAUGUCCGGAUAACAAAGAUACCGAAUAUACAUAGGGCUGUCUCAAUUGCAGUUGAUAGUGAGGGACAAAAUUUUGCGUGUUUGCAGAUAAAACCUACAUGUGGACUGACAUCGUUACCAGAACUUUCCCCAUCCAGUCUCACGAAGCACAUGGAAACACUGUUGGAGACGGCCAGCGAUGACGAUUUGCUGCACGACGUAACUUUUAAGGUCGGCACAAAAUAUUACCCUGCACACAUAUUCAUAAUCGCUUCCAGCAGCGAACACCUCUACAAAUUGUACCAAGAGAAACUGACCAGCCCUGAAGAUAAGCCAGUUAUAUUAUUGGAGAAUGUUCAUCCAGAAGUAUUUGAUCGGAUAUUGAGGUAUAUGUAUACGGGCACUUGCGACGUUGCUGAACUGGGCCCCUGCAGUUUGAAGAUAAGGAGGGAAGAUCUGAACACCAUGAUAAAGAAAGAGAAAAAUAAUAUUGAUGUCGAAAUGGAGUUGAUAGAAAAUCCAUCAGAAAUAUCAGCGUUCGAAGUAUACAGGGAACAUGAUAAAAUUAAGAAGAACUACCGUAAAUCUCGAACGUCAGACACUCCGCCGCGCAACCUUUACUGCGAUCCAAUAAAACUGGUGCAAGCGACCGCCAAGCGAUUACAAGUUAUGGGCCUGCAUAAACUUCUAGAAAAAUUCUACUACAGAGAAGGCACAGUGUACCUAAAGGACAACGCCAGCUACAGUCGACCGGCGGCGCCGUGCUGGUCGCGAACAGAUCUCGCCGCACUAGCGGACACGCGCGUGUGCGGCCGCGCCGGCUCCCCCACGGCCGCGCACCGCUGCCUGCUGGCGGCGCGUCUCGAAUACUUCCACGGGAUGUUCAUGCACUCCUGGACUGAGAGCAAACUGUUAUCUCAAGUGACCCUACCAAUAAACGAAACAAUACUUUUGCCUGUAAUAGAUUUUCUUUAUACUGACUCAUGUCCAGAGAUUGAGAACUCUGAUAGCAUCGACUUCAUCUGCAGUAUGCUUAUAGUAGCAGACCAGUUGUUUAUUACACGCCUAAGAGAAAUGUGUGAAAUCGCACUGGCCAACCUAAUUACGCUCAAGAACUGCUCGGAGCUCUGUCAGUUUGCUCACACAUACAACGCAACACAGCUCAAACAAUGCUGCAUGGAGUUUAUAUCACUCAAUUUAUGCAGUAUCCUAGAAAACCAUUCGUUAGACCAUCUUGAGGAAGCAUUGCUUGAAGACAUUACAAGUUACUACUGCAAAUUCAAUCCUAUCAUGGCAUCUAGAGUUAUAACUCCAUUCUUUAAUGCACCAAGUGAUGAUAUAAUUGAUGAUUGUGCAGUAAACUUCCCUAUAGACUUAGAAAUUACUGAUGAAGAUCUCAAACGCGACGACAAUUUAGAGGUUACAAAGAAGAAGAAACAAUCCAAAAAAAUUGAAUACACUGAAAGCGAAAAAGCUAGAAUGAGAUAUGAAUCUGUUAGUUCAGUAACUUCUCUGGACUUAUCUAAUGAAGUGUCGGGCGAUAUAACAUUGUCUUUGAGCAAUAUAUCUAAAGAGGCAGAGAAAGGAGCUCGGGACAAACAAGAGAAAUGGAUAGAGGUGCCAUCCUCACAGCAGAAACAACAGAAAGUAGUUCAAGCAAGAUUAAAGGCUAUAUCUAGCGCUCGGGACAUUUUAAAUGAAACUCCUACUGAAUCAUUUAUGAAAUUGACAAGAAAUAAUUCAGUUAAUUCCAUAUCCAAUAAUAACAUGCAAGAUAGUGUUCCAACUACUUCACGGAUGUCAGUGUCUCCGAAAGACUCGCCCAUAACAGAAAUGUCUAGAAGCUCGCAAGGAAAUCUGGUAAUCAGUCAUAUAGGACCAAAGAUGUCACAGAAGCAGAGGAAGAAAUUGGCGAUGCAGGGCAAUGAUCAUCAACCUCAGAAUCUGGAUGAUUUUAUGAAUAAAUUAAUCCUUGGUAGUCCUCCAGAGAAACCUAAGAACCCUUGGAAGAUAUGUGAGCCACCGGUUGCUAGCAGUAGCCCUAACAAAAAGACCAUUGAGUUUAAUCAAAUCUUAACAGAUCAGAAAAAGCAAAAAGAAGAUUUCUCAAGAAUCAUGACUAAACCACUAACACUAACACAGCUUGAAGACAAAGCUAUAGAGGAGCUGGAACGAUUCUACAAUAUUCAUGAAGUAGAUGAUGAACUGAUUACAGUGAGGCGAAUAGAACUGCAAGUGUCUUCUCCCCAGUGGAUCCAUACUGCCCCUAAGUGAUAUUAUGUGCUAUUUUAUACUAUUUGAAUCUGAUUAUACUAUAUAUUAAAACUUAUUUUAAAUAAAAAGAAAUGCCAUA